UGACCCCCCCGACCAUCGCCUCACUCUAGAAACUAGAAUCUGGUUUCAUCGCACUCGAGUUCACUUUCCAUCCGAUCCGACCACGGCCUUAUCUCCUGUUCACGGCCUGAUCGCAUUUGCCUCGCAACAAGCACAGCAGCUCGCGUGACCAGAAUCUUACUUGGAGGAUCAGCUCUAUCGAGUGUUUUAUUUGCGCGAUGGGAAGACUCAAUCUCGGUUUUACGCGCUGAUCACAGGACUGUCAGCGGCGAAUACCCUCUUGGUUCUCGCACUGGUAGAUUGAAGUUCAAUCCCAGAGGUACCCAUUGACUGCCGAGGCCUGCGCUCCUUUUUCGUUGCCUUCCCUCGCGGGCGUUUAAAGAGAACUCUCAAAACGCAGGUGUUUUCAGAGAAUUCUAAAAAAGCAGGUGCCUUUUUUUUUCCAUUCUCAAAAAACACCUACAUUAACUGCCGAGGCCUGCGCUCUUUGAUCGUUGCCUUCCUCGCGGGCGAGUCUCACAGUCGAGUCUCAUGUGGCCGCUCGAAUGACCCUGUAUCCACGAAUUAGUCUACAAUGAGUCACUGCUGGUGCAAGUGCGAGGCGGGCGUGGGGCAGUGCGGCCCCAAGGUGCCCAAGCUCAAGACGCUCUUCAACGCGCACAAGAACCUGGACGACGCGUCGCUGAGACGCGGUGACUGGGAGGCGGAGCUGCACGUCAUCUGGGAGGAGAUAGGGGAGGACAAGGUGACUCGCUCAGAGGAGCUACGAUUGGCCGUUGCAGAUGCCGUGGAUAAGGCCUACGAGAAGGCAGUGCAGGAAGCUGUAGGCCAGCGCACAGCACUGGAGGAGGGCGUGAGCGAAGCAGAGAGGCAGCUUUUUGCCGCACUGGGACCCGAUGCGGAGUGCAUGGUCGCCCCCCAUGCGCUGCCCCUGCAAGAGAGGCUGGACGUCAACCUCUCUCACCUGCACCAGCUCGACUCCCAACGGGCGGAGGGGCACGGAUGGCUGGGCGGGCUGGUAGUGCUGGCUGAACUCAGGAGGCGAAUCAUUUCUUUACGGACGUCGCUGAAGCUGCCAGAGCCGGAGAACGACGUGGACAUACAGGACAUGCUCGAGAGCACAAUGGAGGCCUUCCCUAACGCGCCCUCACACAACCUCACCCGGCAGUCACACAAGGAGAUGGCACCACACCACUCUGUGGUUGCACACCACCACCACCCCACGGGUGCGCCGCACCACUCCAUGGGCCCUCAGCAGCAGCAGCCGCUGGCUCAGCGCCUGGAGGCCUUCUACUCCACGCUCUGCAGCACGGAGGACGCAUGGGCGCAGCAGAAGAGAGCCUCCGAUCAGCAAUCCGCUGCAGAUGACUCGAGAAUGCACUCUGCUCGCCUGCUCUCCCCCUCGGUUCGUCCCCUCACUCACUCCUCCUCCACCUCCCUACUCUCCUCCUCCCGCUCCUUCUCCAAUCUCCGGUCGACCAACCCCCCUCAGUCAGCCACCCCCCCGUUCUCACCCCGCUCUCAGCAGCCUGAUCGAAGCAAGAGAAUCAGUGCAGGUGGGAGGAAAGGCAGCGUAAGAGCAGACCCCUUUGGCCAAAGCAGCAGCAGCAGCAGCAGCAACAGAAGCAACAGAAGCAGCAGGAGCAGGCAAAGCAAGGAAAAGAGUGCGGUGAGGGGGGGAGGAUGGGGGGAAGGAUGGGGAGGAGGAAGGGGAGGAGGAUCAGGAGCAGCAGCAUUGUCGGUGUCAGAGGAACAGCCACUCACACUCGAGUCCCUUGGGCAGCGCAUUCUUCGCAAGAUGGACCAAUUCCAACAACAGGCCACCCGCCGCCUCUCCUCCCCAGCCUCCGCCUCAGCUUCGGCCGAGCCUCUCCCAAACUCCGCCUCAGGCUCGGAAGCCGGUUUGAGGACCAAUCAAGUCCCAAGAAGAGGAGCGGAUGGAGGGGUUUGGGAGAGGGGAGGGGGGUGGGGGCGGUGGGGUGAGGAGGUGGGCGCAGGACGGCAAGGGGGUGCUGAUGUGAGGGGAGACGAGUUUCCGCCAGUGUCGUUUGAGCUUCCGAGCUUUGUUCGCCCAGACACCCCAAGGAACGCUUCGCUUCUCCAAGCCACAGUAGCCGCCGCUGCUAGUUCUGCCGCUGGUGGUGCUGCUGCUUAUGCUGCUGCUGCUAGUGCUGCUGGUGCAGCCUCUGCUGCUACUGGUGGUGCUGCUAGUGGUGACAUGCGCAGGUUGCCUGCUUCUGCUUCCCCUCCUCUCUCCCCUCCUUCUCUGCCCGCCCCUUCCCCCCCUCCGUCCCCUCCCUCUCCACCCACGUUCCAUCCUCCUGCUUUCCUCCCUCCUCCCCUAAACCUCUCGUCUCAUCAACCGGAAAGAAACGGACUCAAAGCUCCUCUUGUGGCUGCCUUGUCCGCAUCCACUGCUGCCAAAUCCGGCACUUCUGGAGCCUCUACUGGCCCUCGUUCUUCUACUGUCACUCCUCGCGCUCUCGCUCUCCCAUCCUUCUUCUCUUCUUCUUCAGGCGUCCCGCCUCCAUCCUCCUCCCCCUCCGCGGCUGCCCUCAUCACUCGCAGCUCCAGCCCCCUCCCUGCGUCCUUGUCACUAGCUGAAGCUGUUUCUUUCACCGAUGAAGCUUUUAGGGCGGACGGCAGAGGUAUGAGGGAGGUGCGAGGGGAGGUGGAGGGAGUGGGAAGAGGGACAGUAGGUGCGGCAGUAGCGGCAGCAAGGAAGGCGGCCGGGAGUUUGUCUGCUGCUGCUGUUACUGCUGCUGCCAGUGCUCGUUUCGAUGCUGCUGCUGCCAUUGCUGCUGGUGCCUCUGGUGCUGUGAUCACUCCUAGGCCUGAUGCGGCAGCUCUUGUUGCUGCUGCUUCCGGUGCUGCAGUUGCUGCUGGUAAUGUCGGUACUGCUGGUGCUCCUGGUGCUGCUGCUGGCGCUGCUUCGGGUGCUGGUGGAAGGAGUGGUGGCAGCAUGAGCAGAGGAACCAGAGCGAGAGCAGCAGCAGCAGCAGCAGGUGGAGGGGGGGGAUGGGGCUCGGGAGGCAGACUCGCCGUCUCUGCUGCUUCGCCCCCCUCCCUGCUCUCCUCCCUGCCUCCCCCUCCACCUCCGCCACAGCAAUCAGCAGCAGCAGCAGCAGCAGCAGGGAAGGGAGGAGGAGCAGCAGCACCAAGAGCAGAAGGGAGGUUGCAGGCAGGGGGGGGCCCACCUCCUCCCCCUCCACCUUCUUCGUCCCUUAAAGCCUCCCCUCCGCCCCCACAAGCAGAAUCCAGAGCAGGGGGGAGGGGAGGGGCGCGGUCCGCAGUUCUGGCAGCAGUGGCGACAGCGGAAGCAGCCAAGAAGAAGAAGGAACAGGAGGAGGAGGAGGCGCAAGGAGGAGCAGCAGGAGCAGGGGCGGUUGCAGCAGCAAGGGCAGGGGGAGGGGGAGAAUCAGGGGCACGAGCGGGGGGAGGGGCAGGGGGAGGGGGCGGAGGAAGGGGGGAAGGGGGAUUGCGGCGGUCCAACAGAAUGGGGCACCUGUAUCGAGGGCUCAAGAGCCGAGUGGAGCAGGCCAUUGCAGGCGCACAGACAUUUGGGGAAGGAGGGGGAGGGGGAGGUGUGGGAGUGGGGGGUGGGGGAGGUGCGGGAGGGGGAGGAGGAGGUGCAGGAGGUGGGGCAGUGCGAGCGAGGGGGAGGCCGCAAGGCGGGGGGAGGGUGUCGAUCGCACUGGCACUGGCGGAAAUUCACCAAAACUCAGCGUAUUUCCAGCAGAUAGAGGCUGACGUGGUGAAACAUUCUGACGCCAUCUGGCAAGCAAAAGCUGAGUUGGAGGCCUUCCAGACCGCCGAUUUUGACGAGCUGGUGGCGUUCCGAGGCAAGAUGGAGGCGCUCCUGCAAGACCUGACUGACGAGACUCAGGUGCUGCAGCGCUACGAGGGCUUCCCCAGCAGCAAGCUGGACAUGCUCCGCGCCGCCGCAUCCCUGCACUCGCGCCUCAUUGCCCUCUCGCGCGACCUGCUGGCUGCAGUGCCCAUGGGGGGCGACUGUGGCGGCGACUCACAGGCCACACCGGCGUCUGUGGCGGCAGUGGGCGCAUGCCUGGACAGGUGUGAGCGGCUGUUUGACCGCGUGAGGAAGGAGGUGGAGGCGGUGGAGCGGACGAGGGAGGAGGAUGCCAAGCGCUAUGCUGCUCAGAAGCUGCCAUAUAGCAGCGGCGCCAUCGACAGAGUGAAAGCAGCGGCUGUGCGGCUCUCAUCCCGCCUCUUGGAACUUUCGGCUCAGGAGAGCAUGAAGCUGAGGGCGUCAGUGGAGCUGGUGGAUGGGCGCAUUCCCGUGUACGAGGUCACCCGGGUCAAGGCAGGUCUGUUCCUCUUGUGGCGCUGCUUUCAGUUCGCUUUCAGGGCGUACAACUUUGCUGGAGGGCAGGAUGAGAUGGCUGAAGAGCUGUCACUGGUAGUGGCCAAGGAGAUGGAAGCCUACCCGGCGUACAUGUGGGGAUAAUGUAACCAUAAUAUGGUGAUCAUUGGUUCAUCCAUACCAUACUCCAGCUCAACCAAUCACCUACUUCCCAGCAGUGAGGAUCAUUUGGAGCGUUUUGAAUCCGCUAUACUUACACCAGCUGUGGAUCUACCGAGACUUGAACUCUGCCCCAGAUGCAUAGACCACCUAUGGCCACCACAUGAUGCCACGGCUGGACAGUAACAGCCCCCCAACAUUCUACAGCCAGAUAAUCUCUCCAGAAGAGCCUCUAGAGCCGCAGCCAGAUAACCCGAGUCCAGAUCAGAAUCCAAUAUUUGGCUCUAAGUUCCUGUCUGUUGGAAAUAUCUCAAAGAACUUAAGCGUUUCUGAAGUGUAACACUAC